AUGCUCACAAUAUCAAGUACAAGAUUUGUCAUUUUAGCCUUUUUCGUAUCGUUCUUGGCCCGUUCAUCGGCUUCUGUGUUUACCGUUGUGAACAACUGCCCGUUUACGAUAUGGCCUGCUACACUUUCUGGUGCAGGAACAACCCCGCUUCCAACUACAGGGUUUCAGUUAAAUUCGGGCCAAAGUGCUCAGAUUCCUACGACACCAAAAUGGUCAGGGCGUGUAUGGGCUAGAACAGGCUGCACAUUUGAUCCGUCUGGUGUAGGUAAAUGUGAAACUGCAGACUGUGGUGGCAAGAUUGAGUGUGGUGGUAUGGGUGCGACGCCUCCAGCAUCUCUAUUUGAGAUAACGAUAGGUGGAUAUGAUAAUUUAGAUUAUUAUGAUGUUAGUUUUGUAGAUGGUUAUAAUCUGCCUAUCCUUGUCGUGCCACGCUCUACUGCUAGUAGUUGUAAUGCCACUGGUUGUGCUUCUGAUAUUAACAUGGGCUGCCCGAAAGAGCUUCAGGUGAUUGGUCAAGAUGGAGGAGGACGUCCAGGCGGAGUGAUAGCGUGCAAUAGUGCUUGUGGUGCAUUUGGAAUUGAUCAAUAUUGUUGCAGCGGGCAAUAUGCGAAUCCAAAUACAUGUAAACCAUCUUACUACUCAAGCAUCUUUAAACGAGCUUGCCCACGAGCUUACAGCUAUGCGUUUGAUGAUGGCACCAGCACGUUUACAUGCAACGCUUAUGAAUACGCCAUUAUCUUUUGUCCCAAUGCAAACAACGGCAUGGAGCAACCCGUUGAGCCUGGGCCAGUAAUAGCUCCACAUAUGAAAAAUGGGAAGAAAAGAGGGGUUAGAGGGUUUACACAUACAAACGCAUCAUCAAAUGCCAAUUUACGCAUUUCUGUAUCGAUACGCGCCGUUAUAGUAACAUUUAUAUCAUUGUAUUUGGUAAAUAUGUAACCGUCUUUGGUAUUAGUUCUUUCUGUAUCGCCCCAUGAUUCACCUUGA